UUCGCCUUAGUUAAUCAUUCUUAUUUCCUUUUCACAGGUGGAGGAAAUUUGGCCAACCACACUACUGACCAGCUCUCCUGUGGAGUAGAUGUGGCACCUAGCUCAGUUGAUUACCCUUCAUCAAACGGAGCUCGUAUGCUUAUGUCUGGCAAGUCCAGCUUGCGUGGUGUCAAAGGUCAGACUCUAAACGGUGACCGAGUUAUGCUUACACGAAUGCCUUAA